GUGAUACAGCCGAGAGGGUAAACCUCGGCAGCGAGGUAACUAAACAGAAAACAUGGCGUCCGAUACAGAGGGAACGGCGGCAGAAAAUAAACGAAAAUUAGAAGAUGAACCCGAGGAUGAUGAAUGGGUCGGACCUCUACCCUCGGAGGCGGCAAAGCCAAAGAAAAGAAGAGUGUUGGAGUAUGAACGUGUAUACCUGGACAACUUGCCAUCUGCCAGCAUGUAUGAGAGGAGUUACAUGCAUAGAGAUGUGAUAACACAGAUUGCCUCUACAAAGACUGAUUUUGUCAUAACGGCAAGUCAAGAUGGACACGUCAAGUUCUGGAAGAAGAAGGACGAUGAGGGGAUCGAGUUUGUCAAACACUUCCGCAGUCACCUUGGUGUGGUGGAGAGCAUAUCGGUCAGUGCUGAGGGCGCCCUCUUCUGCUCGGUGGGAGAUGAUCAGGCCAUGAAAGUCUUCGACGUGGUCAACUUCGACAUGAUCAACAUGCUCAAGCUGGGUUUCCACCCUGGCCAGUGUGAGUGGAUCUACAACCCGGGCGAUGCCAUCUCAACAGUGGCCUGCUCUGAGAAGUCCACGGGCAAGAUCUUCGUCUUCGACGGGCGGGGCAGCAACGAGCCGCUGCACACCUUCGAGAAGAUGCACUCGGCCCCGCUCUCCCAGAUACGUCUCAACGCCAAGUUCCACGUGGUGGUGUCGGCCGACAAGACGGGUAUGGUGGAGUACUGGACGGGUCUGCCGCGUGACUUCAAGUUCCCGCGCCACGUGCAGUGGGAGUACAAGACGGACACGGACCUGUACGAGUUUGCCAAGAACAAGACCUACCCCACCAGCCUGGCCUUCUCCUCCGACGGCAAGAAGAUGGCCACCAUCGCCACCGACAGAAAGGUCCGCAUCUUCCGCUUCCUCACCGGCAAGCUCAUGAGGGUCUUCGACGAGUCUCUCACGAUGUUUACAGAGCUUCAGCAGAUGCGUCAGCAGCUCCCUGACAUGGAGUUUGGUCGGCGCAUGGCGGUGGAGAGGGAGCUGGAGAAGGUGGACGGGAUCCGCCUGACCAACAUCAUCUUCGACGAGACGGGACACUUCGUCCUCUAUGGAACCAUGCUGGGCAUCAAGGUCAUCAACGUGGAAACCAACAGAUGUGUGCGUAUCCUGGGGAAGCUUGAGAAUAUCCGUGUGGUGCAGCUGGGUCUGUUCCAGGGCACGGCGCGCAUCACUAAAGCCGCCCCCACCGUGGAGAUGAAGGCCUCGGAUAACCCCGCGCUGCAGAGCGACGAGCCAGACCCCACCAUCUUCUGCACCGCCUUCAAGAAGAACCGCUUCUACAUGUUCACGAAGCGUGAGCCUGAAGACACCAAGAGUGCGGACUCGGACCGAGACAUCUUUAACGAGAAGCCGUCUAAGGAGGAGGUGAUGGCGGCGACGCAGGCCGAGGGGCCCAAGAGGGUGUCAGACAGCGCCAUCAUACACACCACCAUGGGAGACGUGCACAUCAAACUCUUCCCCGUCGAGUGUCCCAAGACGGUGGAGAACUUCUGUGUGCACAGCAGGAACGGCUACUACAACGGACACAUCUUCCACAGAGUCAUCAAGGGCUUCAUGAUCCAGACAGGUGACCCAACGGGUACGGGCAUGGGUGGGGAGAGCAUCUGGGGCGGAGAGUUUGAGGACGAGUUCCACGCCACGCUGCGGCACGACCGGCCCUACACCCUCAGUAUGGCCAACGCCGGCCCCGGCACCAACGGCUCACAGUUCUUCGUCACUGUCGUUCCCACGCCAUGGCUGGACAACAAGCACACAGUAUUUGGGCGAUGUACGAAAGGCAUGGAGGUGGUGCAGAGGGUCUCCAACGUCAAGGUCAACCCCAAAACAGAUAAACCCUACGAGGACGUCAGCAUCAUCAACAUCACCAUCAAGUAAACGACAACAUCACCAUCGAGUAAACAACGCUGCCAUCAAGUAAACCAAGCCAGAAUAAGGGAAAUAUUGGCUACGCUUUUUUUUAACUGUAC